ACUCUCGAGAGUUGUUACAGUUAUUAAAUACGAGGAAAACAAUUGUAAUGAAGAUACGGUGUUUGCAGUCUGAUCAUUGAAUUACUCCUCUUUUCAUCUCCGUCUAUAUUGGCGAUCUUUUAGCAAGUUUGGUCAACAGUUUUGUCACCAACCAGGGGCGAGAAGACUUUCACAUCUACUGUCCUAUAUGUGAACUCAUACAUAAGACAGUAGGUAAAUACUGUGUAAUUUGAAUCAACUUGAAACAAACGUCUUCAACACACAGACUGUGGAAUCAAAAUAGGCACGAAUGCUUUUGGAAGGCAGUUCCCCCGAAAUGAUGGCCGCACAGUCCAAGCUCCUAUUUCAGUUGAAUAAGUUUUACAACGAGAGAGUGGCAGCGAGGAAGAGCAACAUUAAUAAAACUAUACGAGAAGUAUGCAAGGUAGUCCAAGAUGUCCUUAAGGAAGUGGAAGUACAGGAACCCCGGUUUAUCAGUUCCUUGACAGAAGUGAACCAACGAUAUGAAGGACUUGAAGUCAUCGCGCCGACAGAAUUUGAAGUGGUUCUAUAUUUGAAUCAAAUGGGUGUAUUUAACUUCGUUGACGAUGGAACUAUUCCAGGAUGUUCUGUGUUAAAACUGAGUGACGGCAGAAAGCGUUCCAUGUCUCUGUGGGUUGAAUUUAUUACAGCAUCAGGGUACCUAUCGGCUAGAAAAAUUCGUUCCAGAUUCCAAACUCUGGUAGCUCAAGCCGUAGACAAAUGUAGUUACAGGGACGUAGUUAAAAUGAUACCCGAUACAACCGAGGUCCGACUACGGAUCAAGGAGAGAUUCAUUGUUCAAAUCACACCGGCAUUCCGAUGCGGGGGUAUAUGGUGUCGGAGUGCAGCACAUUGGCCUGUCCCACAGAUUCCUUGGCCGAACCCGAACUUGGUUGCCGAAGUAAAGACCGAGGGGUUCGACCUAUUAUCUAAAGAGAGCAUCUAUAUGAAGGAUAAACAGUCGGCGGCCGAGGGAGACGCAUGGGUGAUGUCAUUUAGAUACGCAGAAGAUCGUUUAUUAUAUGGCGGAUGUCGAAGAAAAUGUUUGAGUAUUUUGAAAGCAUUGAAAGACAAACAUUUUGACGUUCCUGGGCAGCCAAUCUUGAAUUACCACAUGAAAACCCUACUUCUUUACGAAUGUGAAAAACAUCCCCGGGAAGCCGAAUGGGAUGAUACGUGUUUGGGUGACAGACUAAACGGGAUUCUCUUACAAUUAAUAUCGUGUUUACAAAAUAGAAAAUGCCCGCAUUACUUCUUACCUAGCGUGGAUUUGUUCAAGGGAAAAUCUACUUCGGGAAUGGACAAUGCCGCGAAACAAGCUUGGAGAAUUUUGCGAGAACUUUUAACAAACCCUAGAAGUUUGGAGAGAUUAUAAAAUGCUCAAGAGGUUUUCUUCCCUCUCAAAUUGUGGUGUAAAUCUAGUUGUUGAGAUAAUGUGACAAACUUUUAGUUUGUUAUCAAUUAUCUACGGUGUUGUUCAAGUUUUAACUAUUCAAAUAUUCCAGUUUAUUAUAUGAUAAAUGUGCUUCAUAUUUGGAUUAAUUCAUUUCUUUACCUACUAGGGUAAGUUGAAAUAAAUAUAAAAAAAUACCCAUUUUUUUAUGAUUUAAAUGUCUAAAUCAUGAAACGAUUUGAAAAGUGUAUAGUCUUAAAUCCAUAAUAACUGAAAAAUUAUUUUGUGUACAUUAGACAUUACUUCAGCACAGACUAUUCGUCGCUUCUUCAUUUGAAGAAUUAAAAUGUUUCUUGUGUAAAAAUGCUAAGUCAUAAAAGAUAGACAUGAAGUCUACAAUUUAAUAAUAUUAAUGCCAAAGUGUGUAAAUAGAACUAUUUUUAUGAUUAUUAUGUAUAUAUUUAUAUAUUAUUAUUAAUAUUAUGUCAACAUGUGUUAUGUAUUUAUGAGCUAUACGUGAAAAAAUAAAGUA